AGAGGAGAGGGGAGUGGCAGUAGCAAAAACGCAGGAAAGAAAGGAGAAAAAGGAAUUUUUGCCACACAGUGCAGCAGCAACUUUUCACCUCCGGAUAGAAGGUCAAACGAAGUCGGAUCUUGCUCAAAUUUUAGUAUGUUGUUCCUCACACACUCCUCUUCAUAUCCAACGGUCAGUUUCUCGUUUUGAUGCCCGGAAGGCUGUUUUCUGGCUGCGUUUUCAGACCUGCGUUUUUGGGAGUUUUUACUCCAUUUUUGGUGAAUUGUUGAUUGUUGUUGUUCCAAGGUUGCUCCUUGAUGAUUGUGUAUGCCUCUAGUGUUUACUAGAGAGGAGAACUUGUUGUACCCAUUUGAUUCUUGGUGAUUAGUGGAAGUUUGGGAGCCGUUGUUGAGCGGCCGUGGUUUUCUCCCCGAUUUGGGGUUUCCACGUAAAUCGUGUGUCAUCUAAUUUAUUAUCGCUGCCAUUUAUUUGUGUGUGUGNUUGGAAAAUUCGUAUUGAGGAUUAUUUAUGCUCUAAAGAUUUGCUUGACCCAAUUUUGUAUAAAGAACGUCCAACAGGUGUUGAUGAGAAAGCUUGGACUACCUUGAACCGGAAAGCUAUUGCAUCAAUUAGACAAUAUGUUUUUUUAAGUGUGUUGCAACAUGUUUCUAAUGAAACUAAUGCUUUUGAGAUGUGGAAGAAACUUGAAUCCAUGUACGAGAGGAACAAUGCUAUGGGAAAAGCUUCUUUGAUUAGGAAGCUUGUUAAAUUGCAAUACAAAGAUGGUGAUAGCAUUGUGGUUCACAUGAACGAGUUUCAAGGUGUGGUAAACCAACUAGCCGGAAUGAAGAUGAAAUUGGAGGAUGAACUUCAAGCUUUGUUGUUGCUUUCCUCAUUGCCCGACAGGGAUACAUUGGUGGUUUCACUUAGCAACUCUGCUCCGGAUGGCAAGAUGACUAUGGAGAUGGUCAAGGCUAGUCUUUUGAAUGAAGAGGCUAGGAGAAAAGAAUCAGGUUACCCUAGCCAAUCUGAAGCAAAUGUGAUUCCAGAAUCCAGCAGGGGGAGAAGCAAGAGCAGAAAUCCUCACCAUAGAGACAAGUCCAGGGGGAGAUCCAAAUCCAGAAAGAGAGAUUUCAUUUGCCAUUAUUGUCAGAAGCCGGGUCACAUUGAGAGAUUCUGCAGAAAGAAGAAGAGAGAUAUGUCCAGAGAGAGAAAAGAUAAAAAUGAGAAUUCCGAGCAGAAGCUAGAAGAGAAGAACACUACAGCCUUGGCAUCUAGUGAUGAUGAUUUGUUUGUUAUCGGUGGUCAUGGACUUUUAAAUGUAGCCUGUGAUGACUGCACCUGGGUGAUUGAUUCUGGUGCAUCUUAUCAUAUUAUUUCACAUAGGGAGUACUUCUCAUCCUAUACUAGUGGUGACUUUGGCCACGUGAGGAUGGGAAAUGAUGGUUCGUCUAAGAUCAUCGGUAUGGGUGAUGUUUGUUUAGAGACUUCCACUGGUUGCAGGUUGGUGCUCAGGGAUGUGAGGCACGUCCCAGAUAUCAGAUUGAGUUUGAUUUCAGCUGGUCUGCUUGAUGAUGAAGGUUAUGCCAACAAAUUUUGUGAUGGAAGAUGGAAACUCUCCAAGGGCAGUUUGAUUAUGGCUCGAGGUAAGAAGCAGAAUUCACUUUAUGUUAUGCAAGCCAGAGUAUGUAGUGGAGAUGCCAAUGUAGCAGAUGAUGCCUCCGAGGAUGAGUUUGGGUACAGACUAUGGGAUCCACGUGAUAUGAAAGUGAUCAGAAGUAGAGAUGUGGUUUUCUUUGAAGAUCAGACUAUUGAAGAUUGUGAGAAGAAGCAGGCAAAUCCUUCUCCAUGCAUCACAGUUGAUCCAGUUCCAUCUCUUCCUCCUGUUGUAGUCCCUCAAGAUCAUGGGGGAGAUAUGCAUGAUCAUACAGUUGAGUCCCCUGCAGAUGACCAUCAUGAUGAUGAUAAUCAUGAUGAUGGUGGUGAUGGUGUUCCAGAGUCACAACCACAGUCACACUCAGAGCCGCCUCCAGCACCUCAGUUGAGAAGAUCCACUAGAGUCAGAAAACCUUCCACGAGACUCUCAGAGGAUGAUUUUGUGUUAGUCACAGAUGGAGGAGAGCCAGAGACAUAUGAUGAGGCUAUGUCACAUGUGCACGGCGAGAAGUGCCGAGUUGCGGUGGCGGCGUGGUUGGGCGCGGCGGUGUUUUCACUCCAUUUUUCGGCGGCGGUUUCGAAUGAGUUUUCGGUGGGGGGAGAGAAGGGUUGGGUCAUUCCCAAAGAAGACAACCCUCAGUUCUACAAUGACUGGGCCUCCAAGAACCGCUUCAAAGUUGAUGACACCCUCAAGUUCGAGUACCGCAAGGAUUCGGUGCUGGAGGUGAGCAAGGAGGAGUACGAGAAGUGCCGGUCGUCCGGCCACCCAAUCUUCUUCGACAACCGCGAGCACACCUCCUUCAAGUUGGACCGGUCCGGCCUCUUCUACUUCAUCAGCGGCGUUUCCGGCCACAGAAAAUGAUCGUCAAGCGGCAUUUCUCUUGCUAUAUUACCGAUCGAUCUCUUGUACCUGCCUAAACUGUUAGCUUCUCUCCCCGCCGGUUAUUGGGCAACCCCAAUCGGUCGCCCAAAUUGCAACGCCAACGAAGCACAACCGGGGAGCAAGCAUCGAUUGCCUACUCUACAGAGGCCUCGAAGGAAUGGCCACCAAAAGUUUAGCAAAAUGCUCCAAUGACUUCUCAAAGGCACACAGACUCUGGAAGGGUUUCUUGGCCUUUGAUUACAGAAGAUAAGACUCGUGAGGAGUUCCCACCCUUAUUAAAACAACCUGGAGCUCUUUUGAGGAGUGAACCCUCCAAACCUUCGCUCAAACUAAUGUAGGCAGGCACUCCCAUUUUGGGCACUGUUUUAGCCUGUUCAAAUUGAGAUGGUUCUAGCUCCCUUAUCUCACGGCCUUAGCAGUGUUGAAACCUGUAUCGUUGAUAGCAAGAGCCAAACUGUUUCAGCCCCGUGCAGCCCAAAACCAUGUAGCAACAACUACCUAUUCAACAGUUAUCUGUUGGCCAUAAUCACUCCUCGUUAACACCUACAAAUUCAGCUUUAACCCCCACUAUUUUGGCCCUGAAACCAGAUCCUAAUAUGCCCAAACUCGUGGGCAAAACAGUGGCAGGGGAGUCAACCUUAGCUCAAAUGGUGACUUCCUCCCCCUCAAAAAUCCAACCUG